ACCCCCUUGUCGUUUGCGGUAUCCAAAAAAAAUAUAGGACAGUACAAGCAUUAAUAUUGAAACUGGAGAAAUUCGAAUGAAACGUUCUCAUCCAAUGUUGAAUAACUUUAAUGAAUGGCUUCUACUUGCUUGUCGGUAACUAUCUGCAAUAUGAUUCCAGUACUAUCCGAGUAAUUUAUAAUUCUAUUUUGUAUUAAGAUGCAACAUGGAUAUUAAAUUUAUUUGGUCAGGAUCCGAUACAAAAGCUCUUGUCUAUUAUAUCAGUGAUUACAUAACUAAAAAAAACUUAUCAUUUCAUGACUGUAAUUCAUUAAUUUAUCAAGCAGUAGAAAAAUUUGAAAAAAAUGAAUCCAAAGUGCAUUAUACAGAUGCAUUAGAUAAAUCACGUCGUUUUAUACUUCGUUGUUUCAACACAUUAGCAUCUCAACAGGAAAUCUCAGCGGUUCAAGUUGCAUCUUACCUAAUGGGAUGGCCAGAUCAUUAUACAUCACAUACAUUUAUUAAAAUUUAUUUAAUUGGUAUUGAACGUUAUUUAGAACAAUCGCUUGCCCAGUUGAAACAAAAAACAGGACUUAAUGAUACAACAAAUGAAUACCAUGAAAAUGAAGAAUUACCAUUGGAUGUAUUCGAAUCGUUUUAUGAAAAUGAUGAGCAAGAUCAAGAUCAAAAUGAAUCAUUCGAACUAGAGACUGGUAUUGACGACAAUAAUCUUGUUCUUUGCAACAAACGCAUUGACUAUCAAUUACGACCCAUAGAACUUGAUGAUAUUUGUCUUUAUACUUUUUAUUCUGAAUACAGAAAAGCAAAAAUGACCAUAUUUGAUAAGACUCUGUUAGAACCCAAUUCUAUGCCAACAUCACUACGACGACGUGGUCGACCUCCGAGUGAUCGGUGGCUAUUCCAAUCAACCCAUCCACAAUAUAUGUCUCAUCUAAUUAUACGUCGUUCUUUUUCGGUUGUUCCGGUUUUGGUUGGUCCGUCUAUACCUCGUCGUGAACGUGAAGAUACUAGUGAACAUAUUUCUGAUCCGUAUACAUGUUGGUCUGAUGCAUUACAACUGCACCAAUCAACCUUUACAACACCAUCUAACAAAGUCAUAAGCAAUAUACAACUUUUACAUGAUUGUAAGAAAGACCGUGAUGCAGAGCUCUAUCAACUAGUUAAUGAACCAUUACCAUCUCGGCCGAUCAAUACUUCAAGUCCCUACAGUGAUAGAAAUAUAGAAGAUACAGAAGAUAUUCUUGCUUUAUUGAACGAAUCGAUUGAUUUGUAUCCAUCUUUAUUAAAUGAAGAAAUAAUUGAAAAUAACGGAAUUCGCGCAUCUAUACAACGAGAAUAUCUGAACGUUACAUUAGCUAAUGUUAUCCGAUCAGAACGAUUCUCUUCAAUAAAUAAUAUCACUGGUUUACGAGAUUUUACAUAUAAUAAUACAGAAUAUAAUUCAAUUCAAGAUAACAAUACAAAUGAUCUACUUCAUGUAGCAAACGAAUAUCAUAUUCAACAAAUUCAUCUAUGGCAACAUCAUCUUAAAACUCAGAAAGACCAACAAAGACAAUUCCUAUUAUAUGGUUCUCAAAAUAAAUUGACAACGGUACCAUGA